GUCUUUUCUUGCUCUCGCGGGCUUUGUUUUGACAUGGCGGCAGUCUUUGAAAUUCAUGUCAGUUAUAUUUCAAUAACGCACCUUUCCCCUCCAGCAACAGCACUUUUUGCCGAUGUUACAGCGAGUCCUGCUUGAGAGAGCGCGGUCACCAUGUCAUCUCCAGCCGGGUUUCGGUACUCGCAGGCGGACUUCCUCGCCCGGUGGAUGCCGAGUAGCUCCAGAGCUGGGGUGAUCCUCAGUCCCUGCCCAGACCUGGCUGGCUCCCUGCGGGGGGGAUCCGCCUCCCUGGAGCCGGACGACUCCUUCGCCUCGGACUUCGCCCCUCUGGCGGGCUCCGCGGACAGCAGCUGCCUCGGCGUGGACGGUUCCGACCGGUCACCUGGAGGAGAGAAGGUCGGACCCGGCGGGGCGGUCAGCAGUGAGCCGGACGGUCUGAUGGCGAGCACUUCAGAGGAUAUGCCCGUGAUGAUGAAGCUGGAACAGUUGAGGAAGUGGCAGCAGCACAUGCAGGAGCAGCUGAAAGCCCACCAGUUGGAGGAGCUUCUUCACCUCCAGGGCGAGCAGCAGAGGCUGCUGGGAAUGAUGAAUGGAUCCCAACACGGCACAGAAGAUUGGCAAUCCAGAGAAACCCCAUACAGCCCCACCAUAAACUGCCGGGGAGUCACUUUGGGCCUCCGACAGCACCAAGAGCCGUCACCUGCACAGACUCGGGAACGGCUACCAGGAGGUCCGGAUUGUGACGUGGUGGACGAUGAGGCAGAGGGCUCAUGGAGCUCCAGAGCAGAAGAUCAGGAACAGAGUGCUGAAAGAAGUCAUUUUCAGGAGCAUGAUGACACGCUGAUACCGAGUAAUGGUGAGGCUUUGACUGAACACAGCAGCAGAGAAGAAGGUGAAGUCUCCAAUGACAGACCCAUAAAGCUGGGCAUCUGCGGUCAGAAGACGUUUGAGGAGUUGCUGGAGGAGCAGAUGAGGGUGGAGGAGCAGAGACUCAAGUCUGCCCGGCAACCGCAGGCCGACGGUGGCGCUGAAGCCCCCCCCAAGAGGGCCUAUCUAAAGCGGGGCGAGGGCCUGUUGAGAUUCACCGCCAAUCGCAAAGCUCCGCCACCGAAAGCGGGUUUGAAGACUGACACCAAACCAAAUCUCCCGCCCGGCGCGCUGUGCCGCAGCCGCUCGGAGCCGGCGGCCCUCCAGCGGCUCGCCGUCCAGCGCAAAACCGCCAGCCUCAACAAGGAAAACCGGCCGAGGGGGCCGAAGGACGCGGCCCCGGCGGCUUGGGUCGAGAGGAGCGGCGGGCCGAACCCUGCCGCCAAACAGGCGGGCGCGUCGAGAGAGCCGGAGAGGGCCCCGCCCGCCGGAGGGGGCGGCGUCCCCGGGGAGUCCUUCGAGGUGUCGUUCCAGGAGAAGCUGCGGCGCUGGGACUGCGACCAGCAGCUGGAGACGGUGGAGCUGGGGGAGUUCGAGCUGCUGGAGCAGGCGGCCGAGGAGCUGUCCUUCUCCUCCAACUCCUCCUUCGUCAUGAAGGUUCUUCAGCUGGACCGCCAGCACGGAGGGCUCCACCCGCGCCGGCUCUCCUCCACCCCCAUCAAGUCACCACCCAGAGGUGCAGUCCAGAGGUGCAGCGGCCCAACUGUUCCAAACUGCUCCGCCUCCUCAGAUGCUCUCGUGGCGAAGACGAGAGACGACGCGGCCGGGGGCAAAGUGAGCGCGGGGGACGAGUGGGACGGGCUCAGGGAGUCUGAUGCCUCCACCUGCAGCAGCGGCGAGUCACAAGAGCAGGAAGUGGGGGUCAAACCGCCUUUGUUUCCCGGCGCCUUUCACUUCCCGGCUCGGCCCGACCCGCCGUACGACAGGCGCUCGUAUCAGGACGAGGACGAGGACAGCUGUGGGGGUCCGCCGUCGGACGUGGAGCCCGAUGAGUCGACUCUGAUCGAGGACGGAGACGGGCAGCGGGGGGGGGUCGUGUUCGAUGACGACGACACGUGGAACGACCCGGAGGACGCCGACUCGGGCGAUUGCGGUAAAGGAGCCGGUAUCGCCCCCCCGGGGACGGCUCUGUGCAGGAAGUUGGCGCUGAGCAAAGGGGUGGAGGUGAAUGUGGACGAGGGCACGGAUCCUCCUCCUCCUCCUCCUCCGCCCGCCUCGCAGCUCAUGACCAGGUUGUUCCCCUCACUGAAGCCCAAGGCCCAGAAUGCACCUCUCCUCCCUCCUCCUUCUGCUGCUGAGUCCAAAAGGGCAGAGGAGACAUCCGGCCAGCAGGUCCAGUCCAGGCAGCUGAGGGAGAGACUGGUGGAGCUGGAGAUCGAGAUCGAGAGAUUCAAGAAGGAGAACGCCGCGCUCGCCAAACUCCGACAGGAGAACGAGAAGAACCGAGAACACCUCAGGACGGAGCGCUCACAGUUCGAGCGGACGAAGGCGGAGGAGCUGGCCAAGUUCGAGGAGUUCAAGAAGGAGGAGAACCGGAAGCUGCAGAAGGAGCGCAAGCUGUUUGAGAAGCACGCGUCGGCCGCCAGAGCCGUGCCUGACAAGAAGGAGCGGGAGGAGAUCCAGGCGCUGAAGCAGCAGCUGAGCUCUCUGCAGGAGGAGCUGAGGGGGAGGGAGACUCGCUGGGCCUCCUCCCACAGCCGCCUGAGGCAGCAGAUCGACUCCCUCAGCCAGGAGAACGGCUCCCUCCGGGACGAGAUCCGGAUGUUGGAAAAGCUCCGGCUGAGCUCCUGGCAGAAAAAUCCCGUGGAGGCAGAGAAGGACCGAGAAACCAAAGAAGGUCCCAAAAUGUGUGAGAACAACGCGUCUGUGACCAAAGGAGUGAAAUUCGCCAGUCCUCUGGACUCCAGAGGAGGAGGAACCAUCAGCAGGAGGAUCAGCCCCCCGCAGAGCAACACCGCUGCAGCCUCCAGGGGGGGCUCCGGCGGGGGGGGUCAGGGUGCUGCAGCCGGGAUGAAGAGCAGCCUGAGGAGGCCGUCGGCCACAUGCCUCUCCUCCUCCUCCUCCUUGUCCUCCUCGUGGCCCGGCAGGAAGAAGGACGAGAGGCCGACACCCGGCAGCGAGAGCCAGGACAAAGCGCCGAACCCAGAACCCCCGAAGUUCUCGUCUCUGCCAAGCGAGCCGGACGGCAGCGAGGACAACGAGCCCGAGGAGGUGCAGGAGGCGCAGGAGGUCCAGGAGGUCCUCGCCCACGCAGACGGGAAGAAGGAAACGCUUCUGGCCGACGGCCGGCGACUCCUCGUCUUCAACAACGGCACCAAGAAGGAGGUCUCCGCCGACGGGCUCACCGUCAAAGUCACCUUCUUCAACGGGGACACCAAGGAGGUGACAGCCGACCAGCGGGUGAUCUACUUCUACGCUGAGGCCAAGACGACUCACGUCACGUACCCGGACGGCCUGGAGGUCCUGCACUUCCCCAACAACCAGACCGAGAAACACUUCCCAGACGGCCGGAAGGAGAUCGUCUUCCCGGACCAGACGGUGAAGAACUUGUUCCCCAGCGGCCGGGAGGAGAGCGUUCUGACGGACGGCACCGUGAUCCAAGUCAACCCGUAAGAAGCGUCCGCACAUGAGCACGUUUCCCCUCUUUUUACAGCCUUGUUCCAAAGUCAUUUUUCCCCUCAUUUCCACACAACGACAAAAGAAAAACAGCUCAACUUCAAGUUUAUUACAAAUGUAGCACGUGCACAAGUAUUCAGACUUUGAACAACUCUCUAUUGAAGCUCCUUGGGUCUGAUGCUGAGAGCAUGUGCAGUGGAAGGUUCUUCUCUCGUCAUAUAGCGACCAUCAGGUUCUUGGUCACCUCCCUGAGUGAGGUCCUUCUCAGCUUGGCCGACGGUUCUGAACCCUGUGGGACUGAUGGAGG